AAACCACCCAAAAUCCUCGUAGAAAAAAUAUUUGGGUUUGCCCCCUAAUCACGUGCUUUGCUCUCCACUUAAAAUUUCUGGGCGCGUUCUGGCGCGACCCCGUCUUUACCACUUUACGCGUCCUCACCUUUCCUUCGACAAUCCUCAACACUUGCAUCAAGCAAACGGAAUCUGUUCGUCAUGGCCAUGGAAAGUUUCGACAACAUCUACCUCGAUCUCUCGAAGGAGUCGGGCAAGUGCAGAUUCGCUGAGACAGGUUUUGGGUGGAAGCCUUCUGGCGGUGGCGAUACCUUUACCCUCGAUCACUCGAACAUCGGCGGCGCACAAUGGAGUCGUGCAGCGAAGGGCUACGAGGUCAAGAUUAUGUUGAGGACUUCAGGCAUUGUCCAACUGGAUGGAUUCGUUCAAGAGGACUUCGAGCGCCUGGGCAAGGUCUUUAAGAACUGGUAUAGCACGAAUCUCGAACACAAGGAACAUGCACUUCGCGGAUGGAACUGGGGCAAAGGCGAGUUCGGAAAGGCUGAGUUAGCUUUCAAUGUACAAAACCGCCCAGCCUUCGAAAUCCCAUACUCAGAGAUCUCGAACACAAAUUUGGCGGGUAAGAACGAAGUUGCCGUCGAAUUUGCGCUGCCGGCGAAUGGUGAUGAUACUGGAACGAAUGGAGCUCUGGGUGGCGCGCGUGGAAAGGGCAAGAAGGCAGGUGCUGGGAAGGACCAACUUGUUGAGAUGAGAUUCUAUAUCCCUGGUGUGACGACGAAGAAAGAGGCCUUGGAUGGAGAGGAUGCGCCUAGCGACGCUGAGGAGGCCGAGGAGGAGCAGAAUGCGGCGAAUCUAUUCUAUGAUACGCUAAUGGAGAAGGCGGAUAUUGGAGAGGUCGCUGGUGAUACAUUUGCCACCUUCCUGGAUGUGCUGCAUCUUACUCCUAGAGGUCGUUUCGAUAUCGAUAUGUACGAAACCUCCUUCCGGUUGCGAGGCAAGACAUACGACUACAAGAUUCAGUAUGACACUCUCAAGAAGUUCAUGAUUUUACCAAAGCCCGACGAAUUACAUUUCAUGAUCUGUAUUGGUCUCGAUCCUCCACUUCGGCAAGGCCAGACCCGAUACCCUUUCUUGGUUAUGCAAUUCAAGAAAGAUGAGGAGGUUACGAUUGAUUUAAACAUGACGGAUGAAUUACUGAAGGAGAAAUACGAUGGCAAGCUUCUCCCACAUUACGAACAGCCCUUACACGAGGUCGUCACGCAAGUCUUCCGAGGUUUGACAGGAAAGAAAGUUAAUCAGCCCGCCAAGGAUUUCUUGAGUCACCACCAACAAUUCGGCAUCAAGUGCUCCAUCAAAGCCAGUGAAGGCUUUCUUUACUGCCUCGAGAAAGCUUUCAUGUUCGUCCCCAAGCCCGCGACCUACAUCGCCUACGAACAAAUCAAAAACAUCGUUCUCUCCCGUGUUGGGGGUGCCGUCUCCGCCUCGCGUACCUUCGACAUAACCAUCGAAAUGAAAACAGGCGCCGAAUCUCAGUUUUCAAACAUUAACCGAGAAGAACAAAAGCCCCUGGAGGAAUUCUUCAAAGUCAAGGGUCUCAGAGUCAAGAACGAGAUGGAUGAAGAUACUUCUGCUUUACUUGCAGCUGCACUUAGGGACAACCCCGAUAUGGCAUCCAGUGAUGAGGAGGUUGUGGCUGCGAAGGCGGAUAGAGGCAGUGCCGACGAGGACUCUGAGAGCGCGGAUGAGGAUUUCCAGGAGGAUAGCGAGAGUGAUGUUGCGGAGGAAUUCGACUCUGCGCAUGAGAGUAGUGGAAGCGAUGACGAAGAGGGAGGUGGAAGUGAUGCGGAGGAGGAGAAGAGACCGAAGAAGAAGGCGAAGAGUGGUUGAUUUGACGACCCAGGGACGGAAAAGUUGCAUAUUCGGCGUUUGGUGGAGAAUUGGAGAAGCGAUAUUUGCAUGCCUCUACAUAUGAUAAUAUUAGGUUUCUGAGCCAGGAGCGGUUUUGAGGCCAGAGUGAAUAGUGACACUGCUCACAUUUACGGGGAAGUCUUCCCCACAGUAGUUGCCCUACUUUCAUUUGAGAUCCCAAUCCGUAUCACAUGACCUGUCUGCU